AUGGCAUGGAAUUCAACAAUUUUAAGCAUUUUUUUAAUAUUUAUUUGUAUUGAAAUGGUAUUGAUGGCGAAAAAAUCGAGAAAUACACGUGGAUGUUUAGCAGAAUUAAAAUGUGGAGACAAAUCGGAAAACCUAUCAAUUGCUGUUCAAGGUUUACCUGGUUUAGUGGGAGCACCAGGAUUAACAGGUUUACCUGGACCAAUGGGUCCAAGAGGUUUAACAGGUCCACCAGGUCGUGAUGGUUUUGCUGAACGACCUCCUUCAUUUUAUGCAGAAUUACGACGUUUAUUUUCUACAAAUAAUACUGAUAGUGUACUUCGACCAUGGUCAUUAAGUGAAACAGUAAAUGCACCUGAUGUAUCUAAUUAUUUUUCACAAGAAGAUGGAAUAUUUACUGUUCCUAUAGAUGGUCUUUAUCAUUUUUUUCUAACAAUAUCUGUUUCCAAAGCUAAGGCAUCAGUUUCUAUUGCUCGAAAUGGAGAACGUGUACGUACAGUUUGGAUAGAAUCAGUAGCAACAGCAAGUAAUGAAACAUUAGCAUGGGGUUGGGCAAGUGGUUCAGUUGAUUGUCUUUUAAAUUGUCGGACAGGUGAUCAAAUAUCAGCAGUUGCUUCUUAUCGUCCAAAUGAAAAUUUUAAUUCUCAUGUUUAUGGUUAUUCAUAUUCAACAUUUUCCGGAUAUAUGUUAAAUAAUGCUUAG